UUAGUAAAUCUGAGGGCCAGUCCGAUCUCCCACGGCAGGAUUAGAACCCGCGAUGCCACGCACUUGCGAGAACUACAUUUCCCAGCAGGCGCCGCGGGCCGCGCAUGCUCGUUGGGCCGGGUUCUGCCAGGACGGAGGAGCCGGCCAGCCGGGGCUUGACGGACGUGGUGUCCGCGCCGGCUCGGGGCGCACAGGGUCGAAGCAGGACCGGCCGGGGCCGCGGAGUGACGGACAUGCCGGCAUGAGCUCGGGCUCCAGCCAUGGACUUCCUGACGACCCCGCCGCCCGCCGCCGGGCCUCCGCCCAUGGACCUGGAGGAACCCGCGGAUGCUCCUGUGCCCUGCGACAGCCUCACCCCUACAGGCCAAUGGGACCCAGAGUCGGGCAGCCCAGGGCACAUGGAGCUAGACGGGCCAGGCCUGCGAGACCUGGUGCGGCACUUCGAGGCACUGCCGGGGAACCUGGGGGACCUCGCCCCGGAUGCAGCGCCCUGCCCCCUGCAUGUGGCCACAGGCCUGGGCCAGGCGUCCCAGGGGCCCGCCGACGCCCACGGGCUGCUGUCAGCCGAGGCCGGCCGGGACGACCUGCUGAGCCUGCUGAGGUGUGACAGUGCGCCUUCCCUGCCCGGACCCCAGGGCCUUUCGGAGCCCCCCCUGUACCUGCUGCAGCCCCCCGAGGACCCACCCGAGGAGCCCAUCCCGCCGGAGUGGACGGUGAGGGCCGCUGCGGAGGGGGACGGCAGCCGGAGUUCCAGCAGCUCCCCGGAACCCUGGCUGGAGACGGUGCCCCUGGUGGGGCCAGAGGAGCCGCGGGCCGGCACCCAGAGCCCUGAGGCCCUGGCCUCGUGCCCUGCCCUGCCUCAUGUGCCCGGGCCCUGCGACCACGAGGACCUCCUGGACGGCGUCCUGUUCGGGGCCAAGUACCUGGGCUCCACCCAGCUGCUGUCGGAACGGAACCCGCCCCCCAGCACCCGCAUGGCACAGGCCCAGGAAGCUGUGGACCGCGUCAAGGCGCCCGAUGGGGAGACACAGCCCAUGACCCCGGUAGACCUCUUUGUGUCCACCAAGAGGAUCAAAGUCUUGAUGGCCAACGCCCAGGAGGCCUUGAUGGACCACGCCCUGCAGACCAUCUCCUACAUAGCUGACAUCGGCCCGGUGCUCGUGCUGAUGGCGCGGCGGCGGCUGGCCCGGAGCACCAGGCCGCAGGAACGUGAACGCCGCCUCUACAAGAUGCUGUGCCACGUGUUCCACGCGGAGGACGCCCAGCUCAUUGCACAGGCCAUCGGCCAGGCCUUCGCCGUGGCCUACAGCCAGUUCCUGCGGGAGAAUGGCAUUGACCCCAGCCAGGUGGGCUCCCGGCCCCGGGCCACCAGCCCCGGCCACUUGCACAAUGGGGACCUGGACCAUUUCUCCAACAGUGAGAACUGCCGGGAGGUGCACAUUGAGAAGCGGCGGGGUGAGGGCCUAGGCGUGGCCCUGGUGGAAUCCGGCUGGGGCUCGCUACUGCCCACGGCGGUCAUCGCCAACCUGCUGCAUGGUGGGCCGGCUGAGCGCUGUGGGGAGCUCAGCAUUGGGGACCGGGUCACCGCCAUUAAUGGGGCCAGCCUGGUGGGGCUACCGCUGGCCGCCUGCCAGGCCGCCAUCCGUGAGGUGAAGUCGCACACAGCGGUCACCCUGAGCAUUGUCCACUGCCCGCCCGUGACCACGGCCAUCAUCCGCCGGCUCCACUCACGGGAGCAGCUGGGCUUCUGCGUGGAAGAUGGCGUUAUCUGCAGCCUUCUCCGCGGGGGCAUCGCUGAACGCGGGGGCGUGCGCGUGGGACACCGCAUCAUUGAGAUCAAUGGGCAGAGUGUGGUGGCCACGCCCCACGCCCGCAUCGUGGAACUGCUCACCGAGGCCCAUGACGAGGUCCACAUCAGGACCAUGCCGGCCGCCACCUACCGCCUGCUCACGGGCCAGGAGCAGCCAGUGUACCUGUGAUGGCCACCCCCUGCCCACCUGAAGUGCCUUGCCCGCCCCUCCUCGGCUGGCCGCCCCCUGCCCACCUGAAGUGCCUUGCCCGCCCCUCCUCGGCUGGCCGGGGCCCCAGAGGAAUCCUGGCCCUAAUUAUUUUCUGAUAUAAAAAUCCUAAAAG